AAGCUGCUGAGCUUUGUGGAAAGUCAAAAUCACAAUAAAGCAGAAACCGACUGAGAAGCAAAGAUGUUUACAUUUCUGUUAAUGCUGUUCUUGGUAGGAUCUGUCUCUGCUCAAACAAUUGGGGAAGACUAUGAGGAAGAUUGUGAUGCCCAAGAAAAUACAGAGACUUCCCUUCAAAGUGAAGGAAAUUCUGAAGAAUGCCAAAAUAUCUCUAUGGCAUUGGACACAACCGCAUAUCCCAAAAUAGGUUCGGGGGAUGAGAGAAGAUACUACAAAUUCUUCAGCUGUAGUACUAACUUUUAUAGAGCUCAGAAAUGGUGCAGACACUACCAUGGGAAUCUCAGUUCUAUCCACAAUAUUAAUACCAAUAAUUUCAUUGAACAUUUCGUGAGUCGUGUAAACAGACAUGUGAGAUUCAUCUGGAUUGGUGUGAGGAGAAAUGGAUGGAAAUGUCAACUCAGAAAUGUAGAUGGUAGUCGACUGGAUUAUACCAACUGGGCAUGGGGGAACCCUAAACAUUUUUGCCAUAGGUGCACCGCCCUCAAUAUUAGCAAUGGGAAAUGGUACUCUUUCCAUUGCUGUGCUAGACUGCCAUAUAUUUGCACCAUUAGGUAUUAACGAUGUUCUCAAAAUGCUUGCAACGCCUUCUUCUCUACAUUGGUACUCGAAUAAUCUGCUCAUAAACAAAUUCCCCAUAAAGCUGAAUACAAAUGAUUUAUGAUGUGUGUCGCUGAGAUGGUUAGUAGUUUACUGUGUGUUUGCUUCUUCAAGACAUUCUGCAUUUUCUUGGACAGGGUUUGAAAGAGCUGCCAAACAGUAUGUCAGACCUUCCAGCUGUCCUGAUUCUGGGGGAAUAGUCCCUAUUUUGGGGUCCUGGCCCUGCCUCCUAAUUUAGUUCCUGGUUUCCAAGAGUACAACACAAAUACAUCAUUAGCUUCACUUGUGCUCUGUGGUGGGCACUAGGACCAUGCAGAGAGUGUUUCAGAAGCAUUCCCUGCAUUGUCCUGCAUGUAGAAGAGCAGCUGGGAGGCUGUCUGUUAGCUUGGAGUGAUUAAUGCCAGGCUGACAUGCCACUUCAGGGCCACAUCCACCCAUUGUGGGCAUCGCCAGAGACAGUCACCUUGUUUGGUGGCUGUCACCCUUGCUGCCCUGUUGUGUAUUUGUACCCCACUCAUCUAGACUGUAAGCUUGUUUGAGCAGGGUCCUCAUCUACCUAUUGUCCCUAUGUCACUGUGUAAUUGUCUAAUGUAUUGUAAAUUUCCCCACCUUUCACAAUAUUAUAAAGCGCUGUGGAAUUAGAUGGCGCUAUAUUAAUACCAAUAAUAAUAAUGCACGUUACAUCAUUGGUGACACCCACCUGCACACCCAUCCUUAAUCCAAACCUCUCAAGGUAUGGUACGGCAAAUUAUGGGCUACUGGUAUGAAGUUACUGGCACUUGCCCUGGUUUCCUGGCAACAUUCAGUUUAAAGCGACAUUGUGGGCACCAAUACAAAUUUAAUGCAUUUGAUUUUGUUCUCAUUAAUUUGCCGUAUUUAUUUGCAUUCUUAAAUCUUUAUAGUUUUUUUCACACAAAAAAGUCUUGCAAAAUGCUGCGUCCUUAGCCACACUCCCCCAUGCAAGCAAGAACAUCAAAAGUAUGUACACAGUCUCAGCCCCAACAGCACUGAGUGAGAGACUUUUUUAAUUCACAACCUGGCUUGUAGACAGUCAGAGAAACUACAUACAGUUGGUGUUAUCCUUACUGUAUACCUCUCUGAGUGCCCUCUUUAGUCAGUGGCCGAGCUGUGUGCAUACGUUUUGAUUAAAAAGUAUUUUUCUUGAGUGAGGGUGUGUGACUAAAGAAACAGGCUUAUCGUGCAGCAUUCUGCAAAACAUUUUUUAUCAUACUUAUAAAACUAUAAAAGCAUAAAUAUUUGAGCAUGCAUAAAAUACAGUAUAUUGAUGAGGCCAAAACCUAUCAAAUUAAUUAAGGUAGUAUCGGUGCCCAGAGUGUCCCUUUAAUUAAUUUGAAACAUAAAAUGUCUAAAUACUCCCAGGUAGCACUUAAUUCCUACUUCAUUGCCCAGAUUGAGCAUUGUCAGUAAUUCAUGUGGCGUCACUGGCAAUGCCCCUUCAGGCCUGCCCACAUCCUGUCCUGAGUUUAUAUCACCUGUGUGGUAUGCUAAUGUAACUGGAUAACUGUGCUGUCAUUUCCUGUUUACAAAGAGACCAUGUCUUAGAACUGUGUAAAUGAGCUGAGAUUUUUAUAAACGUAAAUGCUUUUAACAAUGUACUAAACUAUUAAAAAUUCAUGCAGCAA